GUUAGUUGGGAGGGGCCUGGGAUGGAUCUUGUUGACGGAGCGUGAUCACAUUAUAAUGAAAGGUGUUUGAAUCCUAUCUGACUCGUGCAACCUCAAAAAAGUGAAACGAUAGUUCGGAGCCAGUCUGUAGACCGCGGCUUCUGAGAACGGCGAUAUACAGAGGUCAGAAGAGAAGGUGGAGAGGAGGAGAGGUGAAAGAUGGCUAUUCUGUUACGUAUUGUACUGGCAGUUCUCACUGCAGCGGCGUUUGCAAUCGGCAGAAAACUGUAUUCAUUGUGGACGCUACGGCGGCGUUUGAUGGCCUUGGUGCCGGAGCCGGAUAAGCCUGACGGAUUCCACGGCCAUUUCUCCAAAGAUCUGACCAAGCAUCGCUCGCAACUCUUGUCGUGGGUGAAUAGAAAGCCGAAGAUCUGUCGCAUCCAAAGAGGACCAAUCCCAAUGAUCUGCAUUUGGCAUCCAGAGACGUUUUCCCAACUGCUAGCUGUUGACCCACCAAAGUUCUCGUACCUAUUUGAUUUCUUCAAAGAAUUUCUUGGCGAAGGCUUAACAACUAGUUCGGGUAUGCGCUGGAAAAGAGACCGCAAGCUCCUGUCUCCAUUGUUCGGAGGUAUCAUGCUGCGCAGAUAUAUCGGAGACUUCACGAUCGUUGCUAAAACCAUGGUUGAGCAACUGAAGGCACGCUGUGAAGCGGGAGAGUUGCUCGACGCGGAGCAUGUUUUCCAUCUUGUAACGUUUGACAUCAUCAUGCGCACUGGCAUGGGAGUAGAGGUGGAUUCUUGGGAUAACAAUGAAUCAAGUCCAGUGGAGACUUUCAAACAAGCACUGAAGCAAUUGUCGAUCAUGUCAGUAACUAGAUUGAGAACCCCGACUAAGCACAAUAACUUUCUCUACUAUCUCACGGCUGAAGGGAAAGAGUACAAGCGACUUCUGAGCCAUGCAGACGAGUUUGCCAAUCGAGUUGUGAGCGAUAGGCGAACAGUCCUGGCCAACAAAGAAGCUAGAGUUGAUGACGAUAUGGACAGGAAUGAGACUAUGCUGGAUGCAAUCAUCAACGCCAGAGAUGAAGACGGCCAUGGCUUCAGCGAUGCUGAGAUCCGUGACCAUGUGAAAACAUUCCUGGAAGCGGGUCAUGACACAUCAUCAACAGCCAUGCAGUGGGCAGUGUACUAUCUACAGGAACACCAAGAUAUUCAGGAGAGAUGUCGCCAGGAAAUCGAGACCGUGCUUGGUAAUUCCGGCUUGGAGAAUGUCACCAUUGAGCUGUUAUCAAAAAUGGAGUACCUCAUGCAGUUUAUCAACGAAACGCUCCGGCAUGCCUCUAUUUUCUAUGCGCUGAUACGCAGCAUUGAUCGGGAGACUGAGAUCGGAGGUUAUGUUCUUCCAGCGAAUACUCCAGUUCAAGUGAUGCUUUUCGCUCUCCAUUUCAACCCUGAGGUUUGGAAGGAUCCAGAGGUGUUUGAUCCAAGUCGCUUCUCUCGCGAGCAGAUAGCAUCACGGCCAUUGAAUUCGUUCUUCCCACUCGGGAUUGGUGCACGCAUUUGCAUUGGGAAAAUGUUUUCAAUCAACGAAAUCAAAGUGCUGCUGACAUCCGUAUUGCUCAAUUUCCGUAUUCUACCAAGACGUCCGGAUCAGGAGAAGCCCAAAUGGGUGCCAAAAACGGUGUCUCGUGCAGAGCCAAGCAUCAAAUUUGAGCUGGAAGCUCUGUAAGCAGUGUAACUUAUCCACUCUUUUGCGCUCCCCUCUCUUUAUUGCUUUUUCUGCUUGGCUCACUCUGCCCAGGGAAGUUAAGGAUAUGAUCUCACUCCGCCUGUUCAAGAUCCUUGCCGCCCCUUAUUUACUACGACAUAAGUAGCUCAUUAUCCACAUGUCCUUUGCGUCUCUGUUGCUUUUCACUGUUUUUAUUUGACAUUCUCUUUCUUUACAGAGUUUCAAAUCUUUAUUCUCACGAUAGCCAGUGGCCAAUAAGAGAUAAGAGUUGUUGUUGCUGUUGAUUUUGCUCCUCUCUGGUUUUACCUCUUACUUUAUGUAUGGCCGUGGUUAGGGUCCACUGGAUAAAUGCCGGCAUUAUAUUUGGCAUUAUAAGACUAUCCGAGCAUCAGAGCAUUAUGGAGCAUUAGAAAGGAACAAAACGAGCAUUAUGUGAGGUUUGA